AUGUUAUUAAAUGAGAAAGAAUUGCUACUGGAAUUAGUCAAAGAUAUUGCCAACGAUUUAGAUGUUACGUCAUUAUGUCAUAAAAUUUUACAAAAUGUUAGUAUAUUGGUCAAUGCUGAUCGCUGCUCUCUAUUUCUUGUCCGUGGUCGCGGCAUAGAUAGAUACUUAGAAGCUAAAGUGUUCGACGUAAACUGUGAUUCAAGAGUAGAUAUUUUCGAGAAGAGAACACCUAUACGUGUUCCAUGGGGUUCAGGCAUCGUUGGCUAUACUGCUAAAACUGGCGAAAUUUUAAACAUCCCUGAUGCUUACAAGGACCCACGUUUUAAUAAAGGCAUUGAUGUCGAAACGGGAUACAGAACACGAAGUAUAUUAUGUGUACCCAUAGCCAAUAACUAUAAUGAAAUCAUUGGAGUUGCGCAAGUUAUCAACAAAAUGACAAAUAGAGAAGAUCAUUUCACCAAAAGAGAUGAACAGAUCUUUAGUACAUAUUUAACAUUUUGUGCUAUUGGUAUUCAAAAUGCCGAAUUAUUUGAAAAAAAUGCUAUGGAGAUGAGAAGAAAUCAAGUAUUACUAGAGUUAGCAAGAAUCAUAUUUGAGGAGCAAAGUACUUUACCGAAUAUGGUUCAUCAAAUAUUGAUCCAAACUAAGUCAUUAUUUUCAUGCGAAUACUGCUCGGUUCUAAUGUUGAACAGUUCCGGCAAGGAUUUUAGUCAAACCUUUGAUACUGAAUCGACUGCAGUAGCUGCUAAUGGAGAUAAAGCUGGCGAUAGGAAUAUGUUGAAUAUUCGUGAUGUUAGUACUGACGAAAGAUUCGACCCAAGCGAAGAUAUUGCUACCGGUUUCAAAACUAAAACAAUAUUAUGUGCUCCAAUUAGAACAAACCAGCGAUUAUUAGGAGCAAUGCAGCUAAUUAAUAAAAGCAAUGGCAGUAAUUAUUUCGAAAUCGAAGACGAAAACCUUUUUGAAGCCUUUGCAAUUUACGUUGGCAUUGCAAUAUACAACUCCAAAAUGUAUGAUGACGUAUGUAAAGCAAUGGCGAAGCAAGCUGUUGCCUUGGAAGUACUAUCGUACCAUGCAACUGCCUCUACUAAUGAAGCUAUAGCCCUUGCUACGGAGCCUAUUCCACCGCCUGUAAAUUAUCAAUUGCGUGAACUAUCCUUUGAUGAUAUGACAUUGUCCGAUUAUGAAACUGUGAAGGCAACGUUAAGUAUGUUUAGAGAUCUGCAGUUCACGACUAAAGGAGCAAUGGAUUAUCAGACUCUUUGUAGAUGGACGUUGAGCAUUAAAAAGAACUAUCGCAAUGUCGCUUAUCAUAACUGGCGCCAUGCAUUUAAUGUCGCGCAGACUAUGUACCGUAUUUUUCAGGCGAAAGAGUUCGGCGGUCUUCUCAAUGACUUGGAGAAAUUGUCGUUGUUAGUAGCCUGUCUUUGCCAUGAUUUAGAUCAUAGGGGCACGAACAAUGCGUUUCAAUUGAAAACUCAAUCAGCAUUAGCACAUUUAUACAGUACUUCAACUAUGGAACAUCAUCACUUUGAUCAUUGUAUUAUGAUCCUUAAUAGCGAGGGCAAUAACAUCUUUGCACAGUUAACGCCAUCACAGUACAGCUCAGUGGUCAAAAUGUUAGAACAUGCUAUAUUAGCAACGGAUUUGGCCUUACAUUUUAGGCAUCGUAAAGAAUUUAUUAGUAAGAUAGCAAGUCGCUCCACUGAUUGGUCAGAUCCAAAUAAUAGGAUGCUAUUAAGAGCAAUGAUGAUGACAGCGUGCGAUUUAGCUGCUAUAACGAAGCCUUGGGAAGUUGAGCAGAGGGUUGCAGAACUUGUUACAAAUGAAUAUUUUGAACAGGGUGAUUUAGAGAGAGAACAACUAAAUGUUACCCCUUCUGACUUGAUGAAUCGUGACCGCAAAGAUCGUUUACCACAGAUGCAAGUAGAUUUUAUUGAUUCUAUAUGUGACGAAUUAUAUAAGGCCUUCGCUGAUAUUUCUCCGUCAUUGCGCCCGAUGUACGAUCGCUUAAUGGAUAAUCGUCGUGAAUGGACUAAUUUAAUGUCACUUAGUGAUAAAGACAAUUAA